AUGUCCUCUCCCAAGACAAUCCGCUGGGGCAUCCUGGCCACCGGCGGCAUCGCCGUCACCUUCACCAAAGACCUGCUGGUCGACCCCUCCACGCGCGGCGUCAAGCACAUCAAGCACACCGUCGUCGCUGCCGCCUCGUCGUCGUCCAGGUCGCGCGCCGAGCAGUUCCUCAAGGAGACGGGCUGCCCCGCCGACGCGAAGGCCUAUGGCUCGUACGAGGAGCUCGUCAAGGAUCCCGACAUCGACAUUGUCUACAUCGCCACCCCGCAUUCGCACCACUAUCAGAAUGCCAUGCUGUGCUUGGAUGCAGGAAAGAACGUGCUGUGCGAGAAGGCCUUCACCGUGAACGCCGCCCAGGCCCGCGCAUUGGCCGACAAGGCGCGGGAGAAGAACCUGUUCCUAAUGGAGGCGGUGUGGACGCGAUACUUCCCGCUCUCCAUCUACGUACGCGAGCAGAUCACGGCGGGACGCAUCGGCCCCGUUGCUCGCGUCUUCGCCGACAACAGCAUGGCCACGAACCCCGAGGAAGCAUUCCACGACGGCAAGCACCGCCUCGUGAACCCUGAUCUCGCGGGAGGCGCACUGCUCGACCUCGGCAUCUACAGCUUGACCUGGAUCUUCCAGACGCUGUACCUCACCCAGCCCGAGAAUCAGCGCAAGCCGCCUAAGGUGCUUGCCGCGCUCAAGAACUAUAGCCCGACGAAAGCUGCCGACGAGACUACCACCAUCGUGCUCAGCUUUCCGCGACCGGAGGAGGCGGGUGGCGAGGCACACGCCAUUGCUACCACGUCGCUGCGCGUCGCCACCACCCCUGGAAGUGAAGCCGCCGCUCCUCCCGGCAUCCGCAUCCAAGGACCAAAGGGCGAGAUUCAAGUCUUCCCGCCCGCGUACCGCCCCACCCGCACCAAGAUCGUUCUAAACGAUGGCACCGUCGAGGACAAGGAGUGGCCACAGCCCGGCCCCGGUGCAGGCAGCGGCUGGUACAACGGCUUUGGGGGUGGGAAGAAUGCCGAAGGCGAAGGCCACGGCAUGUUCUGGGAAGCCGAUGAGGCUGCGACGGCGCUCGUUGAGGGAAGAAAAGAGGGCAAGUACGAGAGCCUCGCCGAGAGCAUCGUCAUCAUGGACGUCAUGGACGAGGCGAGAAAGCAGGGCGGGCUCGUCUAUCCUGAGAAGAUCGAGACGACCAAGUACCCCACCCAACUAUGA